AACUAAAUGUGGAGAGAAAUUGGACCGUUAUGUUGGUGGAAAGUGGAAAGUGGAAAGUGGAAAGUGUAUUGUAAUGUUGGAUUUAGGGUUGAAGUUGAAAUCAAAGAAGAAGGGAAUGGGAAGGGUUGAAGAGAAAGGAAAAUGCGAGUACGAAGCUCUGAGAAAGGCUCGCAUGUUAGAGAAUCAGGCUCGCUUGGAGUCUCUGGGUGUUGCCAAUACCAUUUCUCAGCUUCGACAAAACGCCAAACCCAAACAACGUCCUUAUCGCAAAAAACUCUACGGCCUCACCCCCUUGCGCCGCUCCCAGCGGCUCAACAACCACCUUACGCCGCCGUCUCCUUCCGCAUCCCUUUUCACCCCCAAAAUUAAAAAAGAGAAGGUAACUUUGUGUGAAGAGCAGGAAGAGAAGCAGAGGCCUGCCAAUGCUCCUCUCAUAAACCUGAGAGGUUUCGAUCUUCAGAUUUCGGCUGAGAUUUCUGCUCGGCGCUGCCACAGCAAGGGCAGAGGUAGUGUCUACAACCCAGUUUUGGGGAUAUGCUGCCAUUUUUGCAGGCAAAAGAAAUUGUGUGGCGAAGAAGACUGCAAAAGAUGUGGCAAUUGUGAUGUGAAUGAGCCAUGCCUUGGAAAGACUGAUUGUUCUGUUUGUCACUCUAGCACGGGUGUUUUCUGCAGAGCCUGUCUCAAGAUUCGAUAUGGUGAAGAAAUAGAGGAAGUGAGAGAGAACAAGGGAUGGAUGUGCCCACAUUGCAUAGAAGCCCAAGGAAUAAAUCCUCACUGGAUAUGUAACGGUUCAAUAUGCCUGAGGAAACGAAAAAUGCCUCCAACUGGAAUAGCAGUAUACAAAGCUCGGGAAAUGGGAUACAAAUCAGUGGCACAUCUAAUAAUGGAAGAACUUAAACGCGGAAAAUGUAGUUAAGGGAUUCGCAUUGUUAAGGUGUGAAGAUUGCAUAAUAGAAGACUUAGGAAGAAAGCAAUAACAAAUUGAGGAGUGUACUCCAUGCAAGGGAGUCUUGCAAGUUUGGAGAUGCCAAAACCUAGUGUAGACUCAAAGCAAUCCCAAUGGGGUUGAACAAGUUUGGGACAUUGGCUUGGCUAUAUAUACCAUUGUAGGCAAACCUCAUUUUGUGUGCAGAAAUUCCAAGUGAGAAAUAAGAAAGGAGUUGAGUUGAGAGAGUGAGUGUUUCAUACAAGUGUGUGUGAGUUGUACUCCUCGGUUUAUCCUCCUCUUUUGAGUGAUUUCUCCUGGCUUGGUAUCGCCCCCAGACAUAGGAUUUUUUAUCCGAACUGGGUUAACAAAUUCGUGUCUUUUAUCGCUUAUCGCUUUCACAUUCGUUAUUGUGUUGUUGUUGGCCAUCUUGACUUGAUCCAUUUCAUAACAACUGGUAUCAGAGCCAGAUCAUAGUAUCAAGAUGGAGGGCAAAAUUCCAGUCGAACGAUUCAAUGGUUCCGACUUUGGAUUCUGGCGCAUGCAGAUGGAGGCCUUUUGGGAAGGAGCCCAAAAAACAAAAACCGUGCGGGCUUGGGCCCAAAGCGGACAAUAUCAUACUAUGGUGGAGGAACGGGUGGACUAGCGGAGCUCUCAAGGCACUGAUCAAUCAAUAUCACUUCUAUUACUCAAUUGAGUAUUUUCUCUCUUAGAGAGUUCUUCCUUUGCAUUCUGUGCCAUUUUUGACCCAGAGUCUCCCUCUAAAAAGCCAUGCAUGUGAACAGCCCACAAACACCGACCAUUUCAUGUGCAAAGCCAACCACCACCUACCAUUCCAGCCUGUUCCCAUUAUCAUUCCAGCCUGUUCCCAUUACCGUCCAGCCUGUAUUCCCAUUCUUUUACAGCUUGUAUUCAUUUCUGAAGGAUGUAUGAUGGCUAUAAAUAGCCUUGCUUGUAACCAUUUAUGCAUCUUGAAGUUAUAAGAAAUUGAGUGUUUUGAGUUAGAGAGUCCCUCUCUUUUGUUCCUGAGCCAGUUUGGCAUCAGAGCAAGGUUCCUAGAUCUCGGAGUUGAGUUUGAGUGAGAAAAUCAACGAAAAGUUGAGUGUUUUUGGUAAGCAAGAGAGUUGUUCUUCCAGAAACUCCACUUUGCGGUCAUUUUUUCGCAAAACUGACACCGCCAUCACGUCCGCAAGGUACGAAAACCUUGGAAAUCGAAGUUUCGCGGUCACCAGAGCCACCACGGGUGUCGCCGGAAAAUUCGCUGCCACUGCCGGAGUUGUAGAACCACCGUGCCGG